UUGGCGCCUUAUCUCUUAUCUUCUCUUACCUUCCCCAAUUACCAAUCCUCCAACUCUUUCACAUUAAUGGCUUUAACCCAACAACACUUAAAACCCAUUUCUUCAUCUUCCUUUUUUCACUUUUUAAACCCUUCUACACCUCCACUUUCACUCAAAGCUCACACUAAAACCCUCUUCUUUGGCCCAAGAACAGUCCAGAGUCUUCACAACUCAGCGCCAACUUUCACCAGAAGAUUGUUCCUUCCUUCUGUUUCUUCGAUCUGGGAUGCUUUGACUGGUGGCACCAACAAUGCUCGUGAAGCUGUUAUGGCCAUUCGCCGUGGAAUGUUACUCUUUAGACAGGGUGAUGUUUUGGGAUCUUUAGUGGAAUUUGAUAAGGCAAUUGAGUUGGAUCCUCGACAAAAGGCAUAUCUUUGGCAAAGGGGACUGUCGCUUUACUAUCUUGAUAGGUUUGAAGAAGGUGCAGAGCAGUUCCGGUUAGAUGUUGCUCAAAAUCCAAAUGAUACAGAGGAGUCAAUAUGGUGCUUUCUCUGUGAAGCUCAACUAUAUGGAGUUGAUGGAGCUCGGAAACGAUUCCUCGAGGUCGGUAGAGAUCCUCGGCCCAUCAUGAGGGAAGCUUAUAACAUGUUCAAAGAUGGUGGUGAUCCAGAAAAGCUCGUUGCUGCAUUUUCAAAUGGCCAGGAGAAUGAGUUCUUUUAUGCCUCUUUAUAUGCUGGGCUUUAUUAUGAAUCUCAGAAGAAAGCAGAUGAAGCGAAGGUUCACAUUCUUGCUGCAUGUCAGUCUCCUUAUGGACAAAUGUCUGACGAUUAUAUGGCUUCUCUAGCCAAGGUUCACUGUCUUUGUCGAAACUGGAGCUCUGAUUGAAUAUGACUCUCAAGCUAGGUGAAAUCAAUUCAGUUAGCUUCAUUGCAACUUUGGGUGUUCCCUAGUGAGUUUUCAAACAAUUUUUAUAAAACUAAGGCUCUGUUGAGGUGAGUCUUGAGUUAGAUGUUAAAAUAGCUGUAUUUCACAUUUAAAAUUCAAUUCAACAAGAGACAGAUCCACACAGAGCCGUAGGUUUUGUGUCAAUCACUUUGAUCUUGAUCUUGAACAUAUCUAAUACUUUUUGAAAACUGAAAUGAACAUGAAAUGGAAAGAAUUUUGCA